GAGAGGACCUCUCAAGAAACAAAUUUACCUAAAAAACAAAAAAAAAGGAAGAAAGAAAGAAAGAUGGGAAGCGAAGGUGAGAUUUUGAGGAAGCCGAGGUUUCUAUGCCUUCACGGAUUCAGAACAAGCGGAGAGAUUCUCAAGAAACAGCUGGGGAAGUGGCCGGAAUCCGUGCUACAAAAAAUCGAUCUCGUCUUUGCCGAUGGUCCUUUUCCGUCCCAAGGCAAAUCCGACGUCGAAGGAAUUUUCGAUCCUCCUUAUUACGAAUGGUUCCAGUUCAACAAGGAAUUUACAGAGUACACGAACUUCGAUGAGUGUCUUGCGUUCAUCGAGGAUUUCAUGAUUAAGCACGGACCAUUUGAUGGCCUCCUUGGUUUCUCUCAGGGGGCUAUAUUGUCGGCUGGGCUGCCGGGGCUGCAAGCCAAGGGCGUGGCGCUCACGAAGGUUCCUAAGAUUAAAUUUCUCAUCGUUAUCGGAGGCGCCAAGUUGAAAGCAUCAUCGGUGGCUGAGAAUGCAUACUCCUCACCCAUUCAAUGCCCGUCCCUCCACUUUUUAGGAGAGACGGAUUUCUUGAAGCCAUAUGGAAAGGAGCUUCUGGAAUCUUGCGUAGACUCCGUAGUCAUUCAUCAUCCCAAAGGCCAUACAAUACCCAGGCUUGAUGAAAAGAGUUUGCAAACUGUGGAGAGCUUCGUUGAGAGGAUUCAAAGGAUGUUGUCCGACAAAGAAGAGUAACGGCUAGAUGCUUAUACGAGGAUGUUUUUUCUGGCAUUAGAAAAUAAUAUGUGUUUCAUUCAAUGUGUUUAGGAAUUAAUUCUGUGUCAUGUGAUACUUUAAAGCUUGUAAUCUCGUAGAUUUGGGUAUGGUUGUUUAAGAGGUUUUGUUGUAUUAUUUGAACUUUAUGCUCGUUUAUCAAUGAAUGAGACUGAAUU